AUGGCAGCAACCAAUGUCUAUCAGUUCAAGGUGAAGGACGCCGACGAGAAGGAAGUUUCAUUGGAUAAGUACAAAGGGAAAGUCCUCAUCAUUGUAAACGUCGCAUCUCAGUGUGGUCUGACAAACUCCAAUUACACGCAAUUCAAAGAGCUUCUUGAUAAAUACAAGUCGCAGGGAUUGGAAGUGGCUGCGUUCCCGUGUAAUCAGUUCGGUGGACAGUGUGUUCAACCAUGCAGUAGUGAAUGCACUCAGGAACCAGCCUGCGAAGUUGAUAUCAAGAACUUCGUGGCAAACAAAUUCAACUUUGAGCCUGAUCUCUACGCUAAAGUCAAUGUGAACGGCGAUAACGCGGAUCCUCUAUUCAAGUAUUUGAAGAAAGAGCAAGGAGGGACAAUGUUCGACGCAAUUAAAUGGAACUUCACAAAGUUUUUGGUGGACAGAGAAGGAAAGGUUGUGAAGAGAUUUGGACCCACAACAGAGCCAAAAGAUAUGGUGAAGGACAUUGAGAAACUUCUCGCAAGUGGCACCACUAAGCUUUAA